UCUGAAGCCAGGAGCCAGCCUGCUCAGUCCUCGGGAAAGGUGGGAGCAGAUUCCAGGAGGACCUAGCCCAUCUGUGUUCCCAAGUUAGGGUGGCCGAGUGUGCCAGCCGGAGCCCUCCGUCCCUGCAUCGGGGGUGGCUGAGGAUCACCUGGAGGCCUGCAGGAUGGAGGGGGCGAGUGAGGAGAAGCUGGCAUCUGUGUCCAACCUGGUGACUGUGUUUGAGAACAGCAGGACCCCGGGGGCAGUGCCCAAAGCCCACAGGCCUCCCCAGUCCCCAGGGCCAUGGGAGAAGGUGGACGUUGGGGAGGCCCUGGAGCCCGGGCCCAGGACGGUCAGCAGGAGGUACCUGAGCUCCCUGAAGAACAAGCUGUCCAGCGGGGCCUGGAGGAAAUCUUGCCACCCUGGGACCUGCCCCGCGCCAGGGACACAGGAGCCCGAGGAGAAGAGGAUCGUGCAGGAGCUGCUGGAGACAGAGCAGGCCUAUGUGGCCCGCCUGCACCUGCUGGACCAGGUGUUCUUCCAGGAGCUGCUGAAGACGGCCCGCAGCAGCAAGGCCGUCCCCGAAGACGUGGUCAGGAUCAUCUUCUCCAACAUCUCCUCCAUCUACCAGUUCCACGCACAGUUCUUCCUCCCAGAGCUGCAGCGGCGCCUGGACGACUGGACGGCCACCCCGCGCAUCGGCGACGUGAUCCAGAAGCUGGCCCCGUUCCUGAAGAUGUACAGUGAGUAUGUCAAGAACUUCGAGCGAGCUGCUGAGCUGCUGGCCACCUGGACCGAGAAGUCUCCCGCCUUCCAGGAGGUUAUCACACGCAUCCAGAGCAGCGAGGCUUCGGGCAGCCUGACCCUGCAGCACCACAUGCUGGAGCCCGUGCAGAGGAUCCCGCGCUACGAGCUGCUGCUCAAGGAGUAUGUCCAGAAGCUGCCGGCCCAGGCCCCAGACCGGGCUGAUGCCCAGAAAGCCCUGGACGUGAUCUUCUCGGCAGCCCAGCACUCCAACGCCGCCAUCACUGAGAUGGAGCGGCUGCAGGACCUGUGGGAGGUGUACCAGCGCCUGGGCCUGGAAGACGACAUAGUGGACCCCUCCAACACCCUGCUCCGCGAGGGCCCGGUCCUUAAGAUCUCCUUCCGCCGGAACGACCCCAUGGAGCGCUACCUUUUCUUGUUCAACAACAUGCUGCUCUACUGUGUGCCCAGGGUCAUCCAGGUGGGCGCCCACUUCCAGGUGAGGACCCGCAUCGACGUGGCCGGGAUGAAGGUGCGGGAGCUGACUGAUGCCGAGUUCCCCAACUCCUUCCUGGUGUCCGGGAAGCAGCGCACCCUGGAGCUGCAAGCCCGGUCCCAGGAGGAAAUGAUUUCCUGGAUACAGGCCUGCCAAGCAGCCAUCGAACACAUCGAGAAGCGGAAUGAAACCUUCAAGGCCGCGGGCCAGGGGCCCGAGGGAGACCCCCAGGAGCAGGAGCUGAAGUCUGAGGAGCUGGGCCUCCGGGCGCCACUGUGGAUCCGGGACAAGAUGGUGACCAUGUGCAUGCGCUGCCAGGAACCCUUCAAUGCCCUGACACGCCGGCGCCACCAUUGCCGGGCCUGCGGCUACGUGGUGUGUGCCAGGUGCUCCGACUACCGGGCCCAGCUGAAGUACGACGACAACAGGCCCAACCGCGUCUGCUUCUCCUGCUACACCUUUCUCACGGGAAACGUGCUCCCCGAGGACAAGGAGGACAAGAGGCGGGGCAUCCUGGAGAAAGGGUCCUCGGCCGGCCCCGACCGGAGCCUGAUGUGCAGCUUCCUGCAUCUGGUCGGGGACAAGUGGGGCAAGAGCGGCCCCCGGGGCUGGUGUGUGAUCCCUCGGGAUGACCCCCUCGUGCUCUAUGUCUACGCUGCCCCUCAGGACAUGCGGGCUCACACCUCCAUUCCCCUGCUGGGCUACCAGGUGACCGCUGGGCCCCAGGGGGACCCCCGGGUCUUCCAGCUCCAACAGUCAGGCCAGCUCUACACCUUCAAGGCCGAGACCGAGGAGCUGAGGGGCCGCUGGGUGAAGGCCAUGGAGCGGGCGGCUGGUGGCUGGAGCCCCGGGGAGCCCCACGACGGGGACCUGUCUGACUGAGCCACAGCCGGCCGCUGCCCUGCCCGCCUCUUCCCACUCAGCCUGGCUCCUGCCUCAGCCUGACCCUGAGCCUCGGUGACCUGCCACCCCAAGCUGUGCUUGCACUAACCAGUUCCAGUCACCUGUGCCCAGACCACGUGCCCUGAUUGGGGAUUCAGAAAAAAUAUGAGUCCGUUCCUUUUUGGGAAGGGGACAACCACGUGUCCCAGUUUGCCCGGGGCAGAGGGGGUUUCUGGGCCAUGGGACUGUCAGUGCUAAAACCGGGACAGUGCCAGGUAGCCAGGACUGUUGGUCACCCCGGUGUGGUUCUCAGGCAGGACUGCUCAUCAGUAUCACCGGGGGAGAUUUAAAAAAUGCUGGUGCAAAACAUAUACAUAAAUUAGUUUAAACAUUAAAAAUUACCAACACCUGUAUUGAAAUGCCA